CCGGCGCUGCGGGCGAGGGGGGAGGGACGGGCAGGGGGAAGUUGUAAAGAUGGCGGCAGAGCCCGUUCGCUCUUCCCCGGGCUGAGGCGUUCGGCGAGGGUCCCUGGUGCAGCGAGAGCGGCGAGGCGGUGUCGGCGGCCCAGCAGCAAGCGGCGCUUCCGCCAUGUCUGAGCCGGGGCACUUGGGGGUGAAGCGGGCCGAGUCGGCGCGUCUGCGGCGGGCGGAGCAGCUGAAGCGCUGGAAGGGCUCCUUGACCGAGCUGGAGCCGGCGGCUCCCGUCCGGAGCCGGCGCCGCGGCGGGCCCCGCGUCCGCUUCGAGGACGGCGCCGUCUUCCUGGCUGCCUGCUCCAGCGGCGACACCGAGGAGGUGAAGCGCUUGCUGGCCCGCGGAGCCCGACUCAACACGGCCAACGUGGACGGGCUGACGGCGCUGCACCAGGCAUGUAUAGAUGAGAACCUGGACAUGGUAAAGUUUCUGAUAGAAUACGGAGCCAAUGUAAAUCAGCAAGAUAACGAGGGCUGGACCCCACUUCAUGCAGUUGCAUCUUGUGGCUAUCUGAACAUAGCAGAGUAUCUGAUAAGUCAUGGGGCCAACGUAGCUGCUGUGAACAGUGAAGGUGAAGUCCCAUCUGACCUUGCAGAGGAAGCAGCCAUGAAGGAUCUGCUCUUGGAACAAGUAAAGAAACAAGGAUUAGAUCUUGAUCAAGCAAGAAAAGCAGAAGAGCAACAAAUGCUGCAGGAUGCACGGCAAUGGCUGAACAGGAGGAAAAUUGAAGAUAGGAAGCAGCCCCGAACUGGUGCUACAGCUCUUCAUGUAGCUUCAGCUAAAGGCUACUCUGAGGUGAUGAGGCUCUUGAUCCAAGCUGGGUAUGAUGUGAAUGUCCAGGACAAUGAUGGCUGGACUCCACUCCAUGCUGCUGCACAUUGGGGAGUAAAGGAAGCUUGCUCUAUCUUGGCUGAAGCACUGUGUGACAUGGACAUCAGGAACAAGCUGGGUCAGACACCAUUUGAUGUUGCCGAUGAAGGAUUGGUUGAACAUUUAGAGAUGCUCCAGAAGAAACAGAAUAUGCUGCGCAGCGAAGAGACAAGAAACAAGCUAAUAGAAGCUGAUAUGAAUGGGAAACUUCAAAGUGGGCUCUUCAAAAACAAAGAGAAGAUUCUUUAUGAGGCAGAUGCUCUGAAAUGCCUAGAAAGGGAAGAAGAAAACAAAGAGUCCAGUAGCUCCAGCUCUGAGGAAGAAGAAGAAGCCGAGGAAGAUGAAGCUUCAGAGUCUGACACUGAAAAAGAGGCAGAGAGAAAGGAAGAGUCUAUUGCUAAUCAUUCCAAUCAUGAACCCAGAACUCUAAUCACAGAACAAGUGCCACCACCAGAGCAUAACUCUUUCACUAUGGCUCCUGCCAGAAAAUUUACUCCAUUGCUCAACAAGUCUGAGGAACAAAAGGAUGAAUCUCCUUCAUCAUGGAGGCUAAGUCUACGGAAAACCAGCAGCCAAAACACACUUAGUGAAGGAAGCGUUCCUCGUGACAUGCCAAGAGAGAAGGAUGGUUCCAUAUAUCGUUCUUCUUCGACCCCUCGGAUUUCUGCAUUAUUAGACAACAAAGAGAAGGACAAGGACAACAAAAUCUAUUUUGCUUCAAUAGCCCCUCGAAGGUUAAACAGUGCAGGUGACAUAGAAGAAAAGGAAAACCGAGAAUCUGCUGUAAAUUUGGUACGGAGUGGUUCUUAUACCCGGCAACAGUGGAGGGAUGAACCAAAGGGAAAUGAAACACCUGCAACUGGUGCACCUUCCACUUAUGUAUCUACUUAUAUGAAAAGUGCUUCAUUUGGUAGAAGUAGUGACCUCAGCAGUCCCUAUAUUUCAGCCAAUCGCAAUGCAUCUUCUGCUACCUCACCCACUAUUAUUGGUUCAUCUACCUCAUUGGGCACAGAGUGGCAACUUGCCUCUUGCCCUUCAUCUGUCAAUUCUAGCACUACAGCAUCAGUACGCCAGUUUAACAGAUCCCCUUACAGACAACAAACUGACUCAACAACAGAGAAGAGCACAGAGGGCAUCUCUCCUAGCAUUCCAUUAAGUGUCAUAACAAAUCUUGCUGUACCCAGUAGUGCCAAUGGUGUCACAACUGCCAAUUUUAACUCAACGACUGGAACAGAGUCCUCUACUGGUGAUGCUAGGGAUCGGAGAAGGUCAUAUCUGACUCCUGUCCGGGAUGAAGAAGCAGAAUCUCUAAGAAAGGCACGAUCCAGGCAAGCUCGCCAGACUCGUAGAUCUACACAGGGUGUAACACUUACAGAUCUUCAGGAGGCAGAGAAAACCUUUAGCCGAUCUCGGACAGAGCGGCACGAACAGCCAAGUGAAAAAUUGGAAAGAACUGAAGCAACUGAGGAAGACCGUGAAAGGCAGGCACAGACUGCAGCAAGGGAACCUGGGGAGACCCGGUCACGAUGGAACAGAAAUUUGGAUGAAGAGUCUGUUGGUCAAAGAUUGAGGGGCCCGGCGCAGCAAGACAAACCCACAAGCCCCAUCUCUCCUUCAUUAGCUCCUUAUCUUUAUUCAAGUUCUCACCUUCCCAGGACAAGUAGAUCUGUAUCUUCUGAUUCUGUGAACCCAUCAGACUUCCAAAGCACAUCUGCUGCUGACAUGGAGAAAAAUGAAUAUGAAGAUCAGGAUUUGGAUGACAGAACUUCAAACAAGCAGUCGGUUAGAGAGAGGAGGCGGCCGAAAGAGAGACGAAGAGGCACGGGGAUCUCUUUCUUUACAAAGGAUGAUGAUGAGAUAGAUGGUACUGAAGAAGUGAAAGAGGACAGGCAUGAGAGGCUUUCCAGGUUGGAUGCAGCAAGUUCAAGUACUGGCACCAGCGAUGCCUACGGGGACCGGCCCUCUGGUCGCAGUGCCUACACCAGAAGAGAGAAUCGCCUGGCUGCCCUCAGCAGCAGGACGGAGGAUGACAGUAGCAAGGAUUAUAAAAGACUCUAUGAAAGUGCCCUAUCUGAAAAUCAAAAGCUGAAAUCAAAACUGCAAGAUGCUCAGUUGGAACUCGUCGAUAUCAAGACAAAAAUUGACAAAAUAGCCCAGCAGAAGCAAGAAAAAACCUCUGACCGUUCGAGUAUGCUUGAGAUGGAAAAGAGGGAGAAACGAGCUCUUGAGCGGAAGCUCUCAGAAAUGGAGGAGGAGAUGAAGUCAAUGGGGAAGACAUCGGGUGCUUCGGAAAAUGAGGCGAGGCGACCCUCUGCCUUGGAUCCGAGGCGAACUGCGAUGUUAAGCCAAGCCACCAAGCCGAGGCAACCCCCAGUCCGAGCCAAUGAGAGGUUUUGACAGAACUGAAGUCCGACAAUCAGCGGCUGAAAGAUGAGAAUGGAGCCCUCAUUCGUGUCAUCAGUAAACUCUCGAAGUAGUAUAUUGAACAUAGGAUGGGCAGAAAGAGGAGAUAUUUGUGCACAUGCUGCCAACCCUGCCACCUGCUUCUGAUCUUCCAGUUGAAAGAGCAGCUGGCAUUUCAGACACGGAUCAGCUAGCCCCACCCUUCACUGCUCUUUGCACCUUGCUAGGCAUUCCCAUAUUGCACAGUGCUUAUCCUUCCCCCCAACACAGCAUGCCCCGCCAUGUUUUAAUAUUUUUGGAAUGUUGAAGUAACUCAUUUGAAGAGACAAAGAGUGGGUUGGCGCUGUCUGAGCUGCCCAAACGAUCUGCUGUAAGCUCCAUAUCCGUCCACCAUAAUCUGAUGUAAAGAAGAAUCUACUGUAAUAAGUGAUAUAGAAGUGACUCCAUAGCGUUGACCCAACAUGUCUUAAGAUACUGUCUUGGAGUAGGAAUAAUGAGUGAAACUAGGAAUUGCCACUGAGGAUUUAUCAAUCUCCAUUCUGGAAUUUGGAAGUCUGCGGUGCUGGUGAAAGCCAUGAUGACUUAUUUCUCUGGGAGUCUGACAACAGUCACUUGGCUUGGAGAUUCGUGUUUUCCAUGUGUCUCAGUAGCUAACUGAUUUAUUUAAUGUAAGAUUUUUGAUAAUUUAAUUUGGGGAUCCAAUCACUGGCUCUCCUUUCUGUUUUGCUUCACUUUUGCCUGCUACCCUUUGAUGGUUCUUGCUGUUUUCUCCAUGGGUGCCUUCUUUGGUACUGUUUAAUAAUAACGCGAUCUUACAGCCUCUGCAUUCUUUGGCUAACAGUUUGCCCAUUGAUUUUUCAAGACUUCUGGUGGAAAGAGAGCUAACCAGCAAAAAGUGCUUAUUGAAUGAAAUCCCAUAGACACAAUGCCAAAAUACUUCUUUAUUAGCAAGAUGUUUGGUUUUUCUACAUGAAAAACCUCACAAAAGACCUGGGCAAACAAAUCACAUUUAUGUUAACUUGCCAAUAGAUACACAUUGCGUUGAAUAGGUGAGUGUUCUCAGUUUUAACAACAGCAAGGUUUGAGAGAUGAUGGAUAGAUGUGCAUAUCCCUGUGGAAAAUGAUGAGCCUCAAUCUUGGUGGAAAGUCUUUGCAGUAGCAUUCUAUGAUGUCUGAGAAUUUUAAUACCAUGAUCAUUUGCGCAGUUGUAAGACAUGAAUUUGCAUUUAAUGAGGGCAUCAACAGCAGGACCUACAUUUCUCAAAAAGCCAUUUCUCUGCAUACUGGAAAUGAAUGAAUUCAUGUUUAUGGGUUAUCAUGAUGUAACUAAUUUGCGCACUCUCUUCUUCUGGAUACUGUAGAGAGCCAGAUUUCAUCUGCAGAACCUGUUAAGGAGUUUCCUGUCAAUAUGGCAACUUGCCAGUGGACUUGCUCUGUUCUUUCCCUGCAUUCUUUUAAUUCUCACAAUUAUUUAAAAUAAGGAACUUUGGGAUCUGAGAAUAACUACUCUUGAAAAAAUACAAGUGAGCAGUAGAAAUUCAGACAUUUCAUUCAGCAUUUAUCAGAGGGGGAAAGUGCUUUUUUGAUCAGUUAUGGAUCAGCUCUGAGAUGAAGACAGAAUUGUGCAAAGAGACUCAGCAAGACUUCAUCUUCCUUUCUUACCCCCAUGCACUCUCAGAAUCUCCAGAGGGGCCCCCAACCCUUGAGCAAGUUUGAGAGCAUACCACGGACCUCAGAAGGAAGGAGAGGACGUUGAAGUCCCAUUGCACGAUUAGAAAUCUGUUUCACUCAAAUAUGGAGACUCCAUAUGUUUGCACUCCGUUUCUGAGUAGAACUGUAUGAAUUCAGUUAAUAACCAGUGGAUAUCAUCUUUGCAUAGAAGCAUCUCAAAAGACUAAUUCAGGCUUCUACUGUGGUGAACAUAGCUUGUCCCUUUGAACAGAAACAAGGUAAACUCCGAGUUCCUAGCAAACUAUUGCUUAAAAAACGAACGAAGCACCAGAAAUAUUUUCUGACAUUAUGUUUCAUUUUAAGAACAGCAGAUAGUCAGGAUUCUGGAUGGGUCAGAUAAAUUAUCUGGUACAACCUCUUAUACUCUACUAAUUUUAUGUGUUGCUUUUCUUACAUCCAGUGCUUUUCUUCAACAGUUACCUUCCUACCAACCUUGUUUCAGAGCUAGAUAGGCUUGUGGGGGUUGUUUUAUACUGGCCACAACAUGCACUGAUCUCUGUGAGUGGUAUCUUCCAGCUCAAGCAUUCUAGCUCACCAGUCUAUCUGAUUUUGCACCGGUGAGAGUAUUUGGCUGAACUUUUUCAGACUCUGCCAUGAAUAAUCAUUUAACAGCACAGAAGGAGCAGGCAUCUGGUGCUUAUGGUCCAUUCUAUAAUGAUCCCUACAUUCUCCUGUUGCCAGUUCUCACUUAGCAUGCAGUAAGUUAAGCAUAUCUCACAGUUUCAAUGUGCGGACUUUAAAAGACACAGACUAUGGUGGCUAAUGCAGCAAGGAUGGCUUGCCUGUGGCCCUGCAGAAGUUGGAGGGCUCCAGUUCCCCCCAGCCCCACACAACAUGGCCAGGGAUGGUGGGAGUUGGACUCCAGCAGCAUCUGAAGGACCACAGAUGGCCACAUUGAUACAGCAUGAAGGAUGGUGACCUAUGAAGUUGAGCCUUUUUAACGUUGGGAUUUGAUAUUUAAACUUGAAUUCUGUCCAGCCUGAAAUUACGUGAGCAAAUUAAUCCUGUUGACAAGCCAAAACACUAUGAUAUCUAGUGCUACUGAAAGUUACUUAAGCAGAUUAUUUUGGGGGGUCGCCAAUAUCAGUGUUGUCCUCCAAGUAUCCUGUGUCUUGACAUUCUGGGCUUCGUGUCAUGUAAAAGAUAAUCAAAUUUUUACUUAUUUUAAUACAUAACUUUGUCUUCCUUAGUAAGGCUUCCCUAAACCAAUCACCUGAGAACCCAUUUUUAUUCCAGUAUUAAAGUUAACACUGGCCUGGAUUGGACAACCAUCUCAUCUUAAAAAACUGAGGUAUGAAUGAGAGUCCCCCCCCCCCAAUCAUGCUGUUAUUUCGUCCAAGCUGUGACUAAACCAGGAAUAACUUGGGGGAAAGCCUGGAUCUUAAAUCUUAGUUUGAAUUUGGUUUGACAAUCCUGUCUUGUUCCAAAGCUGGUAGCCAUAGUUUCACAAACUGGGAAACACUGGUAAAUAGAGGCCCUUGUUGAAGCACAACUCACUCAAAGGGAGCAGCCGAGGGGCUGUGUACAGGAGCAAAAUCAUAUCUUGAUUGAUUAAGCUGAUAUAUGAUUGUUCAAAUGCAGGCUAUUAUUUUAAUAUAAUGUUUUAACCAAGGGAGUAGACAAUUCAGGACAGUCCACUCAUAAGCAAAUUCAUGCCUGUUUUUAAGAAAACCCAGAGAGAAAAUAUUACUGCUACUGAAUUAUGAUUGCUUUGUACUGGUGCGUUUUAGUGUUCCAAUGGAUUUUAUAUAAUGUUAGUUAUAAUUGUGAAGUCUGCUAGAAUAUUCUCUACAUAAAGUACAAAUUAUGCGGAUAAAGCACUGCAAGUUUAUUCUGUGAGCUGUGAGAGCUUUUAACUGGAAGGCACUGGGUGGUUUUUCUUUAAACUCUUCUGCCUUACUGCUUUCUUACUCCCAGAAGCUUCUACAGCUCAGUGUACAUCCUAAGAGGUACUUGCAUGUCGAAGGUCUUAGAAACCUCUUCCGCAUCUGUAUUGAAGUUCCAGUGCAACUUUUUUGAUAUAAGAAGCAGAGCUUGGAGUAAGGAAGGAGCGGGUUUCAUUGCUUGCAAAUUGUGAACGCGAGGUUUAUGUGCGGUGGCUUGUUGGUCUGAAGCAAAGUUUCAGAAGAAACUGGAGGCAUGCAAAAAGGGCCAAGUUGAAGAAAACAAAUGCAGAUACAGAAGUAG